UCCCGAUCUCUCACAAAGCGUCAGCGGUAUCGAGCAGCACACUGUAGUGGCAGAUCAGCGGGGCGGUGCGCAUAGCUGGACAACGCUACACUGUAUUGCAUCCACACAAAAAAGAGAAAAUAAGGAGGAAAGGGGGGGUUACGCAUCCCACCAUUUCCAGAGUUACAACAACUUCACCGGCCUGGUGUGCUGAUCUCUCCGGCUGGCCGUGGGCUGCGGACCGGGAGCAUCGGGAACUUAAGGAACUAAAACAGGGACGGUGCCAGCAGAUUAUAUCUGGUAGGUGCUGUGUCCAAUUUUUUUGCGAAAAGGUGACAUUUCUUCCCGGAGGAACUCUGCGAGUGUUGGAAACUUCCCCAGCGCAGCAUCGAUCGAAGACCUCCCGCCCACUUUACCUCUGAUCCACAACGCUGGAAAAGGAGGGAGCGAGUCCUGCAGCAGCUGCGGUGGAUGGAGGGAGCGACAACGGCUAGAUGGUUCAACUAGAAGCGCUGUUUUGAUACGAACACAACUCUCUGUCUCUCCUCGCCUGCUGUAUACCUAACAAGAAAAACUGCAAAUAUACAGCCGCUUGGAUCUCUUCUUUUUUUUUUUUUUUUGAAACCCCUGGUUCUACUUCGUGCAAACUCUCCGUCAGCUAAAGGAAUCGCCGCAGGCGUAAACAUUGAUGCUUUGGCACGGAGGAGCGCAACACCGAUCCUCUAGUUUUGCGAAAGUCUCCUAAACUGCGCAGCGAGGGAGGAAGACUAGCUCGGGAUUUCCGAAGUAGGAUUUUGCAGAAGUUGCAUGCUCGGUCUUUGUCGUCUCGAGUGAGCCCCCCUCCCUCCCCUCCUCUCCGUUCAUCCACUCUCAGGUUAUCAGACGAGAUCCGGAUAGUUUGAGGAGGCGCCAUGGCGAUGUGUGCGGGGAUAUGGAUACUCCUAGUAGCGCUGCACGUCCAAGCUGGCAACGGGCAGAUGGUGCAGAUGGACUCCAGCAAGUCCGGCUUUGUGGGCUCACGAGCGGAGCUGCGCUGCAUCUUCAUCAACAGCAACCCGCCGGUUAAGAUCUCCCAAGUCACCUGGCAGAAGCUCCUCAACGGCACCAAGCAGAACGUGGCCAUAGCCAACCCGGCCCUCGGCGUGUCCGUCCUGCCGCCCUUCAAGGAGCGCGUGAGCUUCAAGCAGCAGGCGGUCCGCCUUCGCACACCCUCGCUGGAGGACACCACCAUCGUGUUCUCCAGCCUGCAGCUGUCUGACGAGGCUGCCUACAUCUGCGAGUACACCACGUUUCCCGCGGGAAACCGUGAGAACAUGGUCAACCUCACUGUAUUUGCUCGGCCUAUGACUCGUAUGACCUUGACAACGCCCACGAUUGUGGCCAGGGCCUCGAAACGCAAGAUGACCGUUGCCACUUGCGUGUCGGCCAACGGGAAGCCCCCUAGCGUGAUCAAAUGGGAAACCAGGUUGAAGGGCGAAGCCACUUUCCAGGAUACGCGCAACCAAAACGGGACGGUGACGGUACGGAGCAACUACGUGGUGGUGCCGAGCCGCGAGACCCACAAGCAGAAGCUCACGUGCAUCGUGACGUACCAGGGGGAAAAGAUCAAAGAAAGCGUGGUGCUCAACGUGCAGUACGAACCUGAUGUGAAGAUCGAGGGCUUUGAUGGAAACUGGUACCUGAACCGUCCCAAUGUUCAGCUGACCUGCAGGGCUGAUGCCAACCCCCCUGUCACCAUCUACCAGUGGAAACUCUUGAACGGCUCCCUGCCCAGCAGCAAUGUGGAGAUCAAGAACAACACCCUGUUCUUCAAGGCGGCAGUGACCUACGACCUGGCCGGCACGUACGUCUGCGACGCGACCAACGGCAUCGGGACUCGCACCGGCAGCGUGGACGUCAACAUCACAGAAUUCCCUAACAACUCGCGCUCUGAUGGCGAAGAGAUUCAUCAGGAGGUGCACAAUACAGGUGCCGCCAUCGGGGGCGCUGUGGGGGGAGUGGCCCUGUUGGGUGUGGCAGCCAUACUGCUCUUCGUAUUCCUGCGCCGCCGCCAGCGCACCUUCAAGGGGGACUACAGCACCAAGAAACACGUCUUCGGUAACGGGUACAGCAAAGCCGGCGGCCUGCCCGCUCACCCGCCCAUCCCCAAGAACCUCCAAUACCCGGACGACUCGGACGACGAGAAGAAGCCCGCCCAGAUCAGCGGCCCCGGGGGGUUCGAGGCGAGCGAGCGUGAUUUUGACGGAGAGCAAGAGGACCUGAAGAGGCCCUAUUUCACUGUGGACGAGGGCGAGAGCCGAGAUUAUGACGAGCGGACUCUGGCUUUCCAGUAUGACCCUGAACCUGAGAUAGCCGACGAUAUGAUCUCUCAAACCGACGGCUCUGUCAUUUCUAAGAAAGAGUGGUACGUGUAGUGGCAUGCAGCAACCAAACCAAACCCUUCGACCCCCCCCCCCCCCCCCAUAUCUGCAUUCCACUGCACCGUUCACCCCCGUCAUGACUCCCCGCCCUCCCAUUCAUCAAACUGCACCCUUCACAGUCCCGUUCCUCUUUUGCUCUACCUAGUACCCCCUUCCCUUCCUGACUCCUCCACCCCACCCCCCACCACCACAUCAUCCAACUAAUCUCAAUUAGAAAAAUCAAGCGUCUAUUUAAAGUGCUAGCGACGUCAACUUCUUAACAUGACAGCAUUGGUAUCAGUUCCAUCGGGAGAAUGGGCAAAGAGUACGAACUAAGGUAUGUACGUGGACUCGUCGUAACAGACACGCGGGUCCAGGGAAGUGACUGAGGUCCAUCAGUACUGGUGUAAUAUUAUUUUUUUGUGUAUUUCCUCAUGUUAUAAAUGUAUUAAAUGUGUAAAAAGAGAAUGCAGGUUGAGGUUUUUGCCGAGCACACUUGUGAAAGUCCUACACUGGAUAUGCGAUCUGUUUUUCUUUUUUUUAAUGACCAUUGCCAUUUUUGUUAUUUUUUUAUAAUGUCUUUUUGUAUGAUUUUUAAGUGACCAGAGAAUUGAGAGUUAAAUGUUUGACAUGAUUACAGGUGGUAAGUGUUUGUAAUUUUGUGGUCAGAUGUAUCGGAGAAAAAAAAAAAAAAAAAAA